GUCCACCCUUACAUCAAUGAACGCGCUGCUGACCGAGGAUCAGCUCAAGACUGUUGUCCAGGGCCCAGGGGAUGUCGAGUGGCGCUACGAGAUGCGCAGAGAAUGCCAGGAAAUCCUGCCUGGACUAUUCCUGGGGCCCUUCGUCGCCUCAAAGUCGCUGGACACACUGCGUAGUAUUGGGAUCACGCACAUUGUCUGCAUUCGCGACGCUAAGGAAGCUUUCUCAGUUCGCCCUCGCUUUCCGGACCAGUUCGAGUACAUGACCUUGGAUGUCGAAGACAACGAAGAACAGAAUCUGAUUCGAUUAUUCCCGGGGGCGAAGACAUUUAUCGAGGCCGCCAUCUCACAAGGUGGGCGUGUCCUUGUCCACUGUAAUGGCGGAAUCAGCCUUUCUCCCGCCUUUGUUGUUAUGUUCGUCAUGCAGCACUAUCAGAUGUCAUGGGAAGACGCACUGCACAUGGUGCAGAACCGACGUUACUGUAUUUCGCCCAACGGCGGAUUUUUGACCCAGCUCAAGGAAUACGAAGCUAUCUAUCGAGCGAGCAUAGCAGUGGCAUCAUAUCCGACCAGUGGGAACCGUGUCGUGUCUCGCAGGAAGCGGGAGGACGAAGAUGACGAGGAUGGUAGUGAUCGAUAUGACGAUCGCAAACGCGUUCUCGUUGACCCCGCUGCUGCUCCUACCCCGGCGUUCGAUUCGAAUGCGAUGGAACUCUCAUAGCCGACGCUUUCCCUGUUCAGUUGCUUUCUGUAUCUCCUUCUCGGAAACAACGCGUUUUACGUGGACGUCUGCGCAGCGAGUUAGUGGAGAGUAGUGCGUCGCAGAAGAGAGGGCGAAUUCACGUUUCCGCUUGACCAGGGCUUCCACUGAUAUUCCUGCAAAAACGACGCCCGCUCCGAGCCAUUGACCGGCUGUCAGUUUAUGGUUGUAGACAACCACGGAGAGAAUCAUUGUGAACAUCUUGCGAGUCAAUGUGAUUGUCCUGUGGCGGCCUUGAGUAAAGAAUCCCAAGCAGCGCGGAAAAACAUACACAAGUGUGAGGGACCCAAAGUGCUGCAAGGUUUCGAAUAUGAACAGUUGCCCGAGAGCACCUGUCAGUGCAAACUGCAACAGCGGUGAGACGAUGCUGGGGUGUGUCCGUACGAAUUCCAGAGCCGAGGCCAGCUCGCUCCCUGCAUCCGUUGGGUGAAUGACAGGAAUGUACGGCAAGGGGAGAGCCGAAAAGACGGUUGUAAGGAUUGUGCAGAACACAUUGAUCCAGAACAUCAUCUGCUGCCCCGUAACACGAUGGCGCGCGAAAAUCUCGUCCUGAGUCGAGUUGGUCGCGCCGUCCAGUGCGAGAUUGAUGAGAAGGUACGAAAGCCCGAUCAAGCUGGCGUUCGAAGAUGGGCCCGCCUUUGCCUUGGAAGUUUUGGAUGGACCAAGGUACAUGAAUAUGGUGAUGCCCAGUGUCACCAUGAAGACGACCAGGUAUUUGUGUGGAGCAAAUUUGCGGCGAUACAGCAGAACGUUCAUGAUCAUAACUGGAACCAGUUUGCACGACUUGCCAAGCACCAUGGCGGGGUAAGAGAUGUAGGAGAGCGCCGCGAAUCCGAACGGUGCAGCGAGCGUGAUGAACACCGAGCAUUGGAGGUAACGAACGAGCAGCGCGGAGCGCGAGAAACGGGUGGAAGGCUUGUCGGGAUGUUUAGAAUGGGCGUGUCCGUUGGCUUUUUCGUCGAGCUUCUCUACAUGCUCGAGACCAAGACUCUGCAUCAAGGUCUCGCUCGAGUUCCGGCGGAUCAAGAUAUAUAUGAGAGCCGACACAGAACUCAAGGUGCUCUGUAAGGUGCCGAUGAACAUUGCCGACUUGAAUUUCUCCGACUUGCCGUCGAU